GGGCAACACCGCGGCAAUUCCAUGCGACUGCUUCAAAUCGCCUGCCGUCUAGUUGAUGUGAAGUGUAAACAUGUUUCGCCAUAACUAAUGUCGUUCUUUUUACUUCCGCCACAAUCGUGAACGUAUACAUAAGUCAUGGGCAAGCCAAGAGGUCUCCGUACCGCACGUAAACACGUCAACCACCGUCGUGACCAACGAUGGGCUGACAAGGAUUACAAAAAAGCUCAUUUGGGAACCCGUUGGAAGGCCAAUCCAUUCGGUGGUGCUUCUCACGCCAAAGGCAUCGUUCUUGAAAAAGUUGGUGUCGAAGCCAAACAACCUAACUCUGCCAUUCGUAAGUGCGUGAGAGUGCAACUCAUCAAAAACGGCAAGAAAAUCACAGCUUUCGUACCACGGGACGGUAGCUUGAACUAUAUUGAAGAAAACGAUGAAGUGUUGGUUGCCGGUUUCGGUCGUAAAGGUCACGCUGUCGGUGAUAUUCCCGGAGUACGAUUCAAGGUUGUUAAAGUAGCCAACGUAUCGUUGCUUGCUCUGUACAAAGAAAAGAAGGAGCGUCCACGUUCAUAAGCAAAACAUUCACAAGCAUCAUUUUACCAACACACUGGAAUGACUGACCAUCCAACGAAUUCCAUCAAAAUGCUUCUUAUUACGUUAAAAUGUAAAGUAUUCUAAUUCGAAAGAAUAUUUGAAAAAAUAAAUGAAACAAAAAAAAAAA